ACAAAAACAAUUUAAAAACAAAAAAAAAAUAUCAAAAAAAAAGUUUAAUUCAAGCUAUAUGUUAAGCUCAGCUGAAAAUGAGAAACUGUAGAAUUUGCUUAAAGACUGACAUUCUGGAUGACAUGAUUGUAUGCUUUGAAAACACAGAUUUGAUUCAGGAUCUUUACUUCCUGUCAAAUGUUGCGACCGUAGAGAUUGAAGGAGAUGUAGCCAAAAUAUGCAGACGAUGUGUCAAAAACAUCAAACAAGCAGCAGAAUUCAAACGACUUUGUAUAAAAUCAGAUACCGAAAGGAAAAAAAUCAGUAAUGAACGAUUUUUAUGGUUCACAGAACUACAGAAUCUCAAAAUCACGGAUUCGAUUGAUGUGACAGAGGCUGUAUCUGUUUCAAAUGAAAAAAAUACUGAAAAUGUCAAUAAUAGUGAGGAUCCAGAACUCGAAGAUUUGUUACUGGAAGGAAAUGAUAUUUUAGCUGAAUUAGAAAAGUAUGAGAAGAAUCUGAAUGAACUUCACCUGCAUGAUCCAGCGAGCAUAAGUAAUGAGAAUAGAACAACUGUAAAUGACUUUAUUGAAUACUUAACAUACGAACAAUUAAACCAAGUGACAAAUGACAUUUUAGAACUAUUAAAUAUCAAUGACUUUGUGAAUGGAUAUACUUUAAUAGCCUAAAAUCAUAAUACACAAAACAGUAAACUUUAUAAAAUAA